AUGGCUGUCACUCCCCCGGUCGUCACAAUCUCUUCGUCCAGUAAUCCUCCUGAGAAGUCUCCUGCGAAAUCCCGUAGGUACUUCCAACCAUCGAGGCUGCCCAUUCAAGGCUAAUAACGAUAGAUCGAUUACCGACUCAAUCGGCAGCAGAAGCUCUCAGUAGCUUGGAAGAAGCCGGUAGUGCUGCAGUGGCGAGCGGUCUCGGGUCGUUGGAUCGUUCUCUCGCUGCCGUCGAUGCCCCAGGCGACCAUGCUGGCUUUCAGCGAGGCAAAGUCGCUGAGAUAUGGGGCCCGAGCGGUUCUGGGAAGACGGCAUUGGCGUAUGUGAAAUCUGUUUACAUGGCUGGAUCCCUGUUCUAACCCACAUCGCAGCGUUCAGACUGCGACACAGGCGAUCAAGCGCGAUGAAUGCGUGACAUGGAUAGGUGCGCACAUUUGAUGUUUUUGUGGCAAGAUACCGAUGCUCAUUCUUUUCAUUCAGACUGCGCUACAGCUUUAUGUGCAUCCAGACUGGAAGGCUGGUCCGAUGCAAGGCGCAGCAAAAAUGGCUCCCCUACAGACGACUUGAUUUCGCCACGCUUCCGCCAUUUCAGAGUGUCUACCCUUUCGCAUGUCCUUGCGCUGAUUCUGCACCCACCGGACUUUCUGCUGUCCGACAAGCCUUCUGCACUGGUCAUAGACGACCUCCACACCCUCAUCGAUCUGGAUUAUCCUCGCAUGCCUUACACCAACAACAGUACCAAAACAGAACAGCAGAAAUGGCUAGCAGGCCGACGAUACGCUAUCCUGGGCUCCCUCGUCACCGCGCUCAACAAGCUCGCGGCCCUCCACAACAUGGCCGUCCUCGUCACCACAGGCUGCAGCUCUCGCAUGAGAAGCGACAGCGGCCUCUCCGCCGCGGUGGGCCCUGGCAUCGGCGGCUCGGAGUGGGAAGCCGGCAUCUGGAGCCGAAUCGUCACGUUUCGAGAUUUCUCCGGCCGCUGCAUCGGCGUGCAAAAGGCUCAAGGUCGCAACAUCACCCCCCUCGAUCCCGUCGGCGACGUUAGGAACGCCAUCGCCUUCGAGAUCACCGCGGACGGAUCUCUGCGAGAGCACAUCGUCGAUCUGACGAGCAGCAACCCGACUUCGAGCAUCGCGGCGCCGCCGCCGCCGCCGAUCGCGAAGAAGUCGUCGAGUCCCGUGGUGGUGAAGGUGGUGCGGAAACGCACGUACGACGAGAUUGCGGAUUCCGACGAGGACGAAGAUCUGGAUGAGUAUGGAUGGGCGGAAAAGGACGACGAAUUUCUGGCCGCGGAAGGUCGCACCACCGCCGAUGAUGAACUCAAGCCUUCCGGCCCUGAUGAGCAGGCACCGCCUACUACUUGA